AAGUGACGCGUCUCAGUCUAAAAUGGCCAGAACCAAACAAACCGCCCGUAAAUCCACCGGAGGCAAAGCCCCGAGGAAGCAGCUCGCCACCAAGGCUGCCCGCAAGAGCGCCCCGGCCACCGGCGGCGUCAAGAAGCCUCACCGCUACAGGCCCGGCACCGUGGCCCUGCGCGAGAUCCGCCGCUACCAGAAGUCCACGGAGCUGCUCAUCCGCAAGCUGCCCUUCCAGCGCCUGGUGCGCGAGAUCGCGCAGGACUUCAAGACCGACCUGCGCUUCCAGAGCUCCGCCGUCAUGGCCCUGCAGGAGUCCAGCGAGGCCUACCUGGUCGGUCUCUUCGAGGACACCAACCUCUGCGCCAUCCACGCCAAGAGAGUCACCAUCAUGCCCAAAGACAUCCAGCUGGCCCGGCGUAUCCGCGGGGAGCGAGCUUAGAUCUCACAACA